AUGGACGGUCCUCACUACCCAUCCAAUGGUAUAAACACGACUUCUUCUGGUCAGACUUAUCCUUCACCAACCGCGAUUUCUCCCAACCAACUUCAAACCGGCUCUCCUCUACCUCAGACUCUGCCACCGCUGCAGCCUCCAACCUCAGCCAUGCAGAACAUGUACGGAAGUCACCCUCAUACGCCGCGAACCCCAGGCACCCCGAACACGCCUGGGUCGGCCUCCAACAUGCCUACCUACCAGCAGCAGACAUCGCAGCCCGCGAACCGCGCUGGUAUCUACUCAAUGGCCCAGAACCAAUACCCUCCUCCCCAGGCCUAUGGGACCUCUGCCAUGAUGCCCCAGGCGACCACUGCCGCGUCUCACCCACAGCCUAUCGCGCCUGCUCCUGCUGGUGGUCGCGGCCCUCCUGUGUUGCGUCCUAUGCCUCCUGGAGGCAUCAUGUCCCAACCUGGUGUCUCGUCGCCUUACGGCCCUGGUUCUCUUAUGCAGCCCACUGCGGUCAUGCCAGAGGGCGAACCUCCCACUCACGUUGUUGGCUCUCAGGGACGACGCGGCAUCCUGCCCAGUGCUCCUGGGCGACCUGCUGCUCCAGCCGCUGGUACUGGCGCCAAGAACACCGUGAUUCCUGUCAAGGACGCAGAUGGCAAAUUCCCUUGCCCUCACUGCACAAAGACUUACCUCCAUGCCAAGCAUCUUAAGCGCCACCUUCUGCGACAUACCGGUGAUCGCCCUUACAUGUGUGUUCUUUGCCGCGAUACCUUCUCUCGAAGUGAUAUCCUGAAGCGUCAUUUCCAAAAGUGCUCUAUCCGCCGUGGUAACCCCACCGGAGCUAGUCACUUGUCGCAUCCUCAGGCUCAUGUUAAGAAGAACCAACAGCAGGCUCAGAAAGCCGCCGGCCUCGCACAUGAGGGUGACCUCAACCACCUCAAUGGCUUGAGCAACCUGCCCGCAGACAACAUGGUCCACCCAUUUGGCAUGGUCCCAGUCUCGGAUGGCAUGAACAACAUGGCCCAGGAUCAGAGCCAACUCUCUCGAUCCAGCUCGCUUGGUCGUCUCGACAACGGUAACAACGCUGACAGACGGAACAUGAACGGUCAGGUCAUGGGUGCCUCGCAGCCCUAUGGCGCUGACCCCAACAUGAACCAGCAGCAGAUGACUGGCUACAGCAUGCCUCCCGCUCAGAACGGACUGCCCAUGUACGGUGGCUCAAACACAAACCCUCCAUCUGGCCUUGAUUGGUCUCAGAUGUUCCAGGCUGGUGCGCAUCAAACCUACGUCAACACAUCUUUCAAUCCUAAUCUUGGACAGACUCAGAGCGGAAUCAAACCCGAACCUAAUGCCGGGCCCGGAACGACAGGCGCCAGCGCCAGCGACACCCUUUUCGCGGGGAUGAAUCUCUACUUCUCGCCUGACAACGUCAAGGACUUCUUGGACAAGUACACUCACUUCCACAUCCACAUGCCUUUCAUUCAUGUCGCGACGUUCAAGGUCAUGGAGGCGUAUACUGGCUUACUUGCAGGCAUGUGUUGCAUCGGGGCCUGUUACUCAGACAAUGUCACCCCGUCCAAUGUUCGCGAAAUGAUGGAUUUUCUUGUUGUCGCGCUUCAACGCGACUGCAAGAUGAUGUCUAAUGCUGAACCUUUGGCAGGGCAACCGAGUCGCGCAUCUCGGGCUGACAUUGAAGAGCUUCAGGCUGUCUUGCUAACAUGUAUAUUAUUACUUUGGAAUGGAAACCCUCAACAAAGAGAGCGGGCUCGACACAUCUACCCCUUUCUUGCAGCCAACGCCAGGCGAUUGAAUCUUUUCCAGUCGUCGCGGGACCCUGCUCUUUUGUCAGCCCUUCACCAAAUCGAUUUUGACCGGAACACUUUUGAUUUGCAGCAAUGGAACUGGGAUAUUUGGGUUGAUCAAGAGCGUCGGAAUCGUCUAAUGUUUGGCGUCUUUCUAAUGGACGUCGCCAUGGGACUUUACUUCAACUCUCAACCCUUGUUCGAUGUUAUGGAAUUUCAUCUACCUUUACCUUGCGACGACACUGCUUGGGAUGCGGACAAUGCCGGGGACUGUGCUUCUGCGCUUGGCCUCAAUGGCGAUGUCGCCGCUCGUGAUAAGAAUCCCUAUGGCACUCAGCGACCAAAGCAACCUGAGACGGACUGGGCUCUCAAAGCUCUUCUGCACCCCUCGUAUCAGAUCCAGCCUGGAAGCACCAACCUUUAUGGAAAGUUUGUUCUUAUCCAUGGCAUAUUAGCUCUGAUUCGGCGGGCCCAGAUUGACGGCAAUGCGGCUCAGCUGUCCAAAUUUGGAACGCCUCCUCCCAAUGAUUGGAUGACUCCAGCUGGCCAUAAUAGUGGACGGGGUACUCCUGUGGAGGGGGCGGCUGCCAACGUUGACCCACAAAGUCUGCAGGCACUUGUUAUCGCUCUGAGCAAGUUCAAGAAUAAUUGGGAUGCGGAUAUGGCCAAUCAAUUUCCACCAGCAUUGCCGGGAUCUAGCAAUCCUCGGCGUCAUGGUUUCUCGCGAGAUGGCAUCCAUUUCUAUUGGCUAUCCAAUUACCUGCUCAAGCAUACCCAAGCGGCGGACUUACGGUUGUCUCCGGAUGCUCGCUUUGUCCAAAUUAUCCAAUUAUUGAAAUCGGUGAAGUCGUGGGUGAUGUCAGAUGGCGCGAGCAGAGGAGAAGAAUUAGGAUCUGUUGGAGAGAUUGAUGAUCAGUAUGGAGCAGUGGAUCUCACAUUAGAGAUGGCAAAACUAUUCAAACCACUUCCACAAGUGGUGGAAGACGCUGGCACUGCGUCUGUCAAAACGGAGCUUGACUAA